CUGUUCUACGCAACAUGGCGUCUGCAGCUCGUGCGCCUGGUGGUUAGGAAGCGAAGUUUGUAGAGCCACUUGAGAAAGAUCUCGAGUGUCCUAUCUGCUUGCUUGCUCUCAAAGAGCCUCUACAGACUCCGUGCGGUCACCUCGAUCAUGUGCAAAAGCUGCGUGGACAAAAUCACAAAAUAUGGAAAGUUUAAAUGUCCACUGGAUAACAAGGUGGAGAAGAGAAGUGAGGCUUUUUUGGAUAAAAUCCACGAGCGUAAAGUUCUUAGUCUUAAAGUGAAGUGCAACAACAAUGGACAUGGAUGUGCAUGGAUUGGAGAGUUGCGUGAUCUGCAGAAACACGCAGAUGAUGGAUGUGAUUUUGCUCAAGUUUGUUGUGAAUUUCUGUCUGUUGGAUGUUCUCACCAGGUAUGUUUAGAGAUGACAAACUUUCAGAUUGAUAAACGUGCAGACAACAAACAAGCAUGCAAAUUGAUGAACAAGCAGGUGUACGUGUGUGUAUUUAUGCAAACGAAGACUGACAGAUACAAAUGCUGAUGAAGAAGAGAGAUGUUGGUGAUCAUGAAGAUAAGUGCAGCAAUUAAAGAGCAUAUGCGUUUGCUGUUAAAGAAUGUUGGCGAGCUGAAAGCCCAGCUUCAACGCCGACCCUAUGAAUCCUGCAAGUUCAUGUGGAAAAUAGAAAACUGGAGCAAAACCCUUGAAAAUGCUAAAAUGGAAAAAGGAGAAUGCUUGUCUGUGACUAGCAGUUCUUUCUACACAGGCUAUCCAGGAUACCAGUUAUGCAUGGUUGUGUAUCCGAAUGGCUAUGGAAAAGGUAAAGGAAGUCAUGUGAGUGUGUUUCUAGUCAUCAUGAAAGGUGACUUUGAUCAUCAAUUGCACUGGCCGUUUUCUUAUUCCUACAGACUGACUGUCAUUGACCAGCAGCCUGACGGCAAAAAAUGUGAGCAGGCUGAUUGAUCCAACAGAGCAAGGACCAGAUUCAAAGAAAUCCUUUGAGAGGAAAACUAAGCAAACAUUGAUGGAAUAUGGAUUCCAUACAUUUAUUAGUCAUUCGGAUUUAGCUAACCAGGCUCAUGCAUACAUCAGAGAUGACUCUCUUCUCCUAAGCGCUGAAAUUCUGAUCUGAAAAUGAGACAUCAAUACUUCAUUGUUAAUUGUUGGUAUCUUCAACAUCAUGCAGCUCAUUGCAAUGCAUGCAUGUGAUUUCGUAUACCACAAACUUGAUUUAAUUAACAUUGUUUUUAUGGAUAUGUUAUAGUUGGUUGUUAGACACUGUCUGCGUACUGCUUUGUAUUUGUAUCAGUUGCUGCUGAGAUGUGUACUACUUACCUGCUGACUGCAAUCAGUUGUGCAAUUUCUUACUUGAUUGUCAUGUUAAUAUAAAAAGUACA